UGUACAAGUGUAUUCUUAAUAAUAAUUUGCGUCGUCCUGGUAUAGAAUUACAAUUUUGUGGGAAUGUUUAAAGUGUUUUUGGGCGGACGAUUCAAAACUGAAGUAAAACUCAAGUUAACUGAUGCGAGUCAUUGCGCUGUGAUCACAGAUACAGAAUACUAUUUAAACUCGUGACGAUAGCUAAAAAAUGACGGACGAAAGUUGGAUCGACCCUAACAAAAUCAAAAGCUACAAAUUUUUACUUGAAAGUUUGGCUGGCGAUAGAAUGGCUGUGUUCAUUAAGAAGUUCGAAAUACUCCAAAAAGAGACAGCCAACUCCACCAUGCUCAGCGAUUGUGUACCAGUCAUCAUGGACCUAAUCACAUGUGAUCUGAACGUGGACAAAGCAUUACGACAGUCGUUACUCCGCAGUCUUGUUCAAAUGGUUGUUUCGUCGGAAAAAGUUGUACAAAAGAUUUCGGCCUCAUGGAAAACGGAUGUGCUGUUGGGAAACCUGAUCCGAGUCAUGCGUGAACACGUGAUGACACAGUACAAACACUAUCAACUGUACACACACAACGUGGUCACCGUGAUGAAAUGUUUGGCACAAGUUAUGAAAAACAACAAAGCAAAGGAAAACCAGCUCAUCGAGACCACGUAUUUUGUUGGUAAUGACAACUGUACCAUGUUGGAUGUCCUUCUGAAACCCAUGCAGUAUCUAGUGAACAUGAACAAGAUGUUUAACGAUUUGGGAUGUCUAUUAUUGAACACUGAGGAUACGGACUAUGUAGGCGAAAUAAAGCGUUAUUUAACUCAGGUAUUUAACAAGAUCCAGAGUAAACUCGAUCUAGUGUCAGAAAUAAUUGAUCAAAUCAUGAAACGAUAUGAGAGACGGUGCGAUAAAACGAAAUCAGCUGAUGAAAAAUGGAAGAAAAUAAAAGACAAACUCGUACGCAUUUUUGAAACCACCAUUGUUGCACCUUGUUCGUUUACUUUCAACUUGUAUUUAAAUUACUAUUUUCCUAACGAAGAACUCCUCAAUGAGUAUUUAUCUACUUUAAUUAUAAAAUAA